AUGAAGUCUGCCGCCAUUAUCUCAUCCCUCGCUGCCGCCGCCUCCGCGCUGUCCAUCCUGCGCGACGGCCAGGCCCCGCUCAAGCAGCCUAGCAUCGACCUGUCCGACGAAGCCGCCGAGCCCGCCGAGUUCCUGAUCGAGCUCGCCCCCGGUGACACGCGCUGGAUCUCCGAGGACGAGAAGUGGGCGCUGCGCAGGCAAGGAAUCAACUUCUUCGACAUCACCGACACCCAAGACCUUGGCUCCAUCACAAAGACCGCCGCGACCGUCAAGUUCCCGCCCACCACCGCCUACAAUGACACGGUCAAGCCGCUGCUCAAGCAGUUGGAAAAGAAGAACAUGCGAAAGCAUUUGGAAAAGUUCACGUCGUUCCACACGCGCUACUACCGCUCGCACUAUGGGGCCGAGUCGUCAGCCUGGCUCCUGUCUCAGGUGAACCAGACUCUGGCUGACGCCGGCGCACUCGAUCAUGGUGCGACGGUGAAGCCGUUUGAGCACCCGUGGGGUCAGAGCAGCAUCAUUGCUACCAUUCCUGGAAAGAGCAACAAGACCGUCGUGAUUGGCGCUCAUCAGGACAGCAUCAACCUGUUCCUGCCGUCCAUCCUGGCGGCGCCUGGCGCAGACGACGAUGGUUCCGGUACCGUGACUAUCCUCGAGGCUCUGAGGGUACUCCUUACCUCUGACGACAUUGUCGCGGGCAAGGGUGAGAACACGGUCGAGUUCCACUGGUACUCGGCUGAGGAGGGCGGCCUCCUGGGAUCACAAGCAAUUUUCCAGUCGUAUGAGAAGAACAGCCGGAAUGUGAAGGCGAUGCUGCAACAGGACAUGACCGGCUACGUGCAGAAGACGCUGGACGCAGGCGAGCCCGAGUCGGUUGGCGUCAUCACUGACUUCGUCGACCCUGGCCUCACCGAGUUUAUCAAGGAGGUCAUCACCACCUACUGCGACAUUCCCUACGUCCUGACCAAGUGCGGAUACGCCUGCUCGGAUCACGCAAGUGCUAGCAAGGCUGGCUAUCCGUCCGCUUUCGUUAUCGAGAGUGAUUUCAAGUACUCGGAUUCGAAGAUUCACACCACUGAAGACAAGAUCGAGUAUCUGAACUUCGACCACAUGCUUCAGCAUGCGAAGUUGACUCUUGGUUUGGCAUACGAGCUGGCUUUUGCCAAGUUCGAUUAA